AGGGGUGGGAUUGAACAAUUGUGACGGAUUCUGUGGCGGAGAAUUUUGUGAAUAGAGACCGCGAUAGACGGUGUAUUGGUGCAGCGAACGCUGAGAUAACGGUAUUGUUGUGCUGUACUGUGAACUGUGUUGUUCGUAAGAUAACGGGAACGAGACUCGGGUGCGAAACAAUGGCUCACAAUGUGGAUUUGAUGUGUAAAGAGAUCAUCUACGAUGAGGUGGAUAGUCAGUUUGCCGAGGCGGACCCGACGAUGGUGGCCGAUGUUCGGGUCAUUCAGAACUUGAUCGGGCUGGAGCGGUUGACGAUACCGUCGUGCAACUACUUCGGCUCGGUGCAGCAAGAUAUCAAGCCGAACAUGCGCAAGAUCGUCACCACUUGGAUGCUGGAGGUAUGCGACGAGCAGAAAUGCGAGGAGCAGACUUUCCCACUGGCGGUCAACUUCUUCGAUCGGUUUCUCUGCGCAUGCCCGAUCGAUCGCUACCACCUGCAACUGCUGGGAUGCUGCGCCCUGCUUCUGGCCUCCAAGAUCCGACAGUGUCAUCCGCUAACGGUGGACGUUCUCAGUGCGUACACAGACCAUGCCGUCUCGCCGGAUCAAAUCAGGAGUUGGGAGCUUCUGAUGAUCAGCAAACUGGAGUGGAACAUCACGGCCGUAACGGCGUACGACUACGUCGAUCACAUCCUGGAGCGCGUCAAAUGGGGAUCGGACGACUCGCGGCUACGGGAACACGCGCACACUCUGAUCCACGUCUGCAGUACCGAAACCAUCUUCAUGCAGUUGGAACCCUCGCUGAUGGCGGCGGCUUGCAUCGCUUCGGCUAGCCGCGGCCUCAACGUAUCGACCAAAAUGGCCACCGGCUACGACCUCUGCCGGUUGACGUUCCACGACAUCGCCAAGAUCGAUUUCGUCGUCAAAAUCAUCGAGGAAAUCGUUGCCAAGGAGAUUGCCGACAAGCAACUGCAACAACAGGCCCAGCAGUUGGCCGCCAACGGAGGAACGGGCGGCAGUUGCAAGGAACAGUACCAACAAGCGCCCCAAAAAGUUGCCGGCGCUUCCGUCGAUCAGGCGUCAUCGCAACAGCAACAGCCCGAAACGCCUACUGAUGUGCAGUUUAUCUACUUCUAAGUACUGCGACGGCGUGGCCUACUUAGUUUAAGGAUUUUCCGGGGCGCUCGUGACCGCUUCUGUUGGUUAACGACCGCCCCGGGGAAGAUGUAUAUCUAUUUUUUCUCUCUAUUGUUUUGAGAUAUUUAUCUGCCAAAAUUUAAGCAUGUUGUUUAGAAAGCGAAAGGUAUUUUUUCGAUGAAAUGGGAAUGUAGACGCUAUUCGUCAUUUGCCACCCCCUCGAACCAGGGGCGGUUUGAUUGAAAUGUCACUUUGCUGACUGAAACAAAAUUUCAUAUACAUUUUUGUAAAUAUUUACACUGGAAAAAAAUGCGAAAUCCCAAGUCGUUUAAAGGUUAGUUAAUUUUCUUUGAACAAAAACAAAAAAAAACGUGUUUAUUCGUUCAAAAUCCAGAAAAAAACAAAAGAUGGUGCGAAAAUAGUUUAUUUCCUGUUUAUACUAUUUCUAUUUUCCUUUUUUUCUAGUUUUAGCCUUAUUAUUUUCCUUUUUGAAACUUCUAGAUUCUAUUCUGUUUAGAUUUUCUUUUGGAAAACGAAAAGUGUUCAACAUUUCCAAGUUUUUUGUAGCAUAAAACCAGAAUUGUAGUGUUAAUGGCUACCUGAUAAGAUUCUCCCCUACUUUACACACACAAGAAAGUUUGUUAAAUUAUUUAUUUAUAUUUACCACUAAGAGACAUCACAACCAUCAGGGUUUCCUGCGAGUCGGAAAAUCCUGGAAAACACACCCCCAACAAAAGACAAAUCUCUUGAUUUUCCGUUGUACCUAAGAUCGAUUGUAAACCAACUAGCGUUAGCCCUUCUAGUUUAGCGUGUAGGAACCCGCCAAAGAUACAAGCUAGGAAACUUACUGCCACCGAAUCGAGCGAAAUCCCCACCGCAGCCAUACGUCGUGAGAAACCAAACUAAUUUUAAAGGAAAUUACUUAUUCUUCAUAAAUCAAGGAUCUCAUUCAAGCUAAGACAACGGUUUGGUGUAAGGUAUUUGUACAAA